UUAACCAAUAGAAAGCGUGUAUUCUCGCUCGAUAUUUGAUUGUCAAAUUUAGGGAAACAUUAGUCUAUUUAUAAAUUUAAUGUUUCGUGUGUAUUUUCAAUAAAACAGACAGUCGCUAUGUUGAGCAAUCUGCGCGGCGUCUCGCCUUUAUCCGACGCUAUGUCCGACAGCACUUUAGAGAGAAAUCGCGCUGAAAAGGCGCUUAUCACUAAAACGCCCGCCCAAAGUCAGGUUUUUGGGAACAAAACCAACGUUAGUGGGAUAAAGAAUUACUCCGAUAAAAAUGGCAAUGAUGUUACUAAAUCCGUGCAUAAAGGGCGGAAGACUAUUGCGUUUUGGACGCUGGUGUGUUUGCUGUUCAUCCUUGCCAUCGGGAACCUGAUUCUUACAUUUACCAUUCUGGCCGUUUUGAGACUUGGACAAGGCAUGGAGAGUAUGGAACUCCUCCCAGAGCAUAACGCGGUCAAACUGCUAGGAGACACAGGAUUGGAACACGUUUACAAGCGUGACGGGUUGCUCGAGGGCUUCAGGGACAAGCCCGUCGAAGUCUCCAGCGAGAAUGGCACCGUGCGUGUCACUUUGCAGACCAGAUUGUCCCGCACGGAAACGAAGUUGGCGGUGAACUCUUCCGGUGUGUUCGUACGCGGCGUCGGCGCGAUGAGGCUGCAGGACCCUGUCUCUGGGGAGACUGUCUUCAGCACCGCCGCCCAGGAGAUGAACAUACCCGAUGGCGUCAACAACCUUCACGCUAAGCAAAUCUCAACCAAACGCAUUUCCUCCCCCACCGACCAAGACUUGAAACUCAAAUCAGACUCCUCGGCCCAUCUCCGCGGCUCCGAAGGCACCCGAAUGGAAUCCAAGGAACUCUUCUGGUCCGCCGACCAAGACAUCUACCUUAAAUCUAUCAAUGGCUCCGUAGUACUCAGCGGUAAGGAAGGAGUAUACGUACCGGUAAGAAAUUUACCCAUAGCCUUACCGUUGAAUCGUACGGAACCCAGUACGGGGCAGUUUAAAGUGUGUGUUUGUAUGCCGCAAGGGAAAUUGUUCCGUAUUGCGGUGCCCAGUGGGCAGAAAGUCACGUGUUCGCAUAUAAACAUGACGGGGGAUUUGAAUCCUUGUAUUUAG